CUGUACUGUGGCAAAAAAAAAAAAAAAAUGUUAUCUUGCCUUUUGAUCACGGUCAAAGACAUCAGCAAAAGGCAUGGAACAGAACUUGUUUUAGCAGCCCUCGCAGGGUCGCUGGAGAGCAGGCUUGCUCCGGGCUGCUCGUUUUGGGUUGUGUUUGUCAUCGUAGAUUUGAAACGAGAUCCGAGAUGAGAUAAUCUCACACACUGCAGCGACUGCGUCCUCGAUUGACGGACCAUUUGGAGAAAAAACAAACAAACAGCAGUUUUCGGGGGGUUACUUUGUCCACGAACGCCGAGCAAGGAUGCAAGUUAUCUUUGAGUUGAAUAUCUUCAAGUGAGCUUUUUUCGCGGAGCUCUUUUAAACGGGAGACAAGACACUUGAAGUGGACAUGGAAGACGUGCGAUGUUCACACGCGUCACGUUAAAAGGAGCUCCGAUAACAGGAUGGACGGCUCUCUUGGCUUCACAUUGGUACUGGUCGGCCUGUUGCUGUUGACGUCUGCUCGCCACGCAGAUUCCGAGGAUGACGGGAAGCUGCUAUGCAUGUGCGAGAACGCCAAAGGCACAUGCGUGAACGACACCUGCAGGGGUGACGUCUGCUUCUACACGUGGGUGCAAGGCCAUGAAGAGAAAGGUUGCUUCUCCAACCAUGACUACAGGGAGCAGUGCUUCACCUCCUUUGAGCGCUUCCACGUCUACUGCUGCCGGGAGAGCCGCUGCAACGCCGCUGCGACGCCGCCUCCAAACAUCAAUGGCGAGACGAGCACAGUGGCGCCGCUGCAGCCCCGCCCGGAGCUGUGGAUCACGGCGGCUCUGCUACUCUUCGUCACGGCCGCGGGCUUGUGCGGCCUGCUGAUCUUUUUGCGCUUGCGCCGCGCGCACGUCCGCCUCAAAAAUGCGGACGAGCACGACAUCAGCAUGCUGAAGGUCCCCAACGGAGAAGAUCCCACUUACGGGGGUAUUUAUGAUGAGUUCUGCACAUCGGGAAGCGGGACCGGCCUGCCCUAUCUGGUCCAAAGGACAAUGGCCAGGCAAAUCUCGCUUGUGGAAUGUGUUGGCAAAGGCCGGUACGGGGAGGUGUGGAGGGGAACUUGGAUGGGGGAGAACGUCGCCGUCAAGAUCUUCUCCUCCCGAGACGAGCAGUCCUGGUUCCGAGAGACGGAGAUCUACAAUACCGUGCAGCUUCGGCACGACAACAUCUUGGGUUUCAUCGCCUCCGACAUGACGUCCAAGAAUUCCAGCACCCAGCUGUGGCUGGUCACCCAUUUUCACGAGCUGGGUUCGCUCUACGACUUCCUGCAGUACGGCAGCUUGGAGCCCGAGAGCUGCCUGAAGAUGUGCCUGUCGGUGGCGUGCGGCCUGGUCCACCUCCACACCGAGAUCGUCAGCUCCCAGGGCAAACCCGCCAUCGCCCACCGAGAUUUGAAGAGCAGAAACAUCCUGGUGAAGAGAAACGGCCAGUGCUGCAUCGCCGACCUGGGUCUUGCUGUGAUCCACUCCCAGUCCAACGACUACUUGGAUGUGGGCCACAACCCUCGCGUGGGGACCAAACGCUACAUGGCACCCGAGGUGCUGGACGAGAGCAUUCGAAUGGACAUCUUUGAGUCCUACAAGCAAACGGACAUCUGGGCCCUGGCUCUGGUCUUCUGGGAAAUUUCCCGCAGAACCACCGUCAACGGGAUUGUGGAAGAGUACCGUCCUCCCUUCUUUGACCUGGUGCCCUCCGAUCCCAGCUUUGAAGAGAUGAAGAAAGUGGUGUGCGUGGACCAGCAGAGGCCCACCUUGCACAACCGGCUGCACUCCCACCCGAUCAUGUCGUCCAUCGUGAAGAUCAUGAAGGAGUGUUGGUUCCAGAACGCACCGGCCCGCCUCACAGCACUGCGUGUGAAGAAGACCCUCUCCAAACUGGACCUGCCCGCUGACUUCAGCAUCAAGAAACUCAAACAGGACUUCUAGACUUGAAGAAGCUUGACGGGAUUUUUUAGGCUACUUUGCUGUUGGCACGGUGGCGAAUAUCAUUUGUGUAUUUUCACUUGAUGACUCACUUACUGCAUUUUAUUUACACAAUAGCCUUUUUUUUUUUUUGCGGUAGUGUCUAGACUGUCUUGCGCCGAAGGCUAUUUAUCUUCCCCCUGACCAGUUUCCAAAAAAAUCCAAAGAAGAGAAACAGAGAAAGACUUUUGCAAUGAAUAAGAAUGACGACGCUUCACAUAGCAGCAGCACAAUGCUUGUUCUGUAAGCACUUUUUCACUUUUUUAGCUGGAUGAAUGUCGUUGUGAGUAUACGGCAUACAAAACACAAGUAUUGAUCCAAAUUACUUUUCUCCAACAGUGUAUCAUUUACAUCUGUUAUGUAUUUCGAAUUAAACUUUUUUUAUUCAA